GGGAGGUACAUGUCCGGUACUCACCAGCCCAAGCAAUCAUUCCCCAAAACUAAAGUACCGCCCUGUGCCCCCUCUUCGGGUCUCUCCUUCCAGGUUCCAAGGUUGCCCGUUUCUGCCUUCCCUCCAACUUCCGUCGAAUCGGUACCUGCCUCAGCGUCUGCGCGCUUGCGUUGCCUGACACGCUUCGCUGCCCUGCCGACACCUGCACCCCCGCGGCAGGCACCUGCCCCGGGCCUCCCUUGUGCUUCCAUUCUUCCAUUCGAUCUUGAUGAGAAGGAGCGACAAUGAAUGUGUGAGGUAGUUGUGUUCCUCCCUUCUUUGAUAUCCAUCAUUUGCCUCUUUUCCCCAUCCCUUUUCACUUUUCGAAAAGCUUCACACAAAGAUCAUGACAUGUCCAAUAUUUCUGCCCAAUCCAUAGAGGCGCAAAUGAAGUCCCCCAACCCCAGCCCGGCUGCCGCCCGAAAGCCAAAACGAUGCGCAUACUUCGUACAGUCUCUACACAGUGUCUGCGGUAUACUUCCCCGACACAUUUCGCGUCUCGCAUCCAUCCGUCCUCUGCCUCCGCCGCCGACCGGUCGCAAUCCCGUUUGUUUGCGAGCCCAGCGAAUUUCACCGUCCGUCUUGUGGGCUGACCGUUCCUCCGUCUCACCAUGUUCCCUUGCGACCUGCACCGCCAAUUCUACAACAAGCAAUGUGCCCAUCUCCCGCAAGCUUUGUCGAAUAGCCUCAAAAGACGACUCUGCUCCCGUACUGAUACCACAACCAACGCGAGAAGAGUCUUGGCUGACACUGCACCCUCCUCCGAGCUUGCCUUUCGGACCCGACCAGUCCCAACGAGCCCUCAUCACACUGCCCUGCGACAAUGCCGGGCCCGCCGAUUGCUACAGCGCUUUCGCCUCGGCAGCACAGAGUCACAAACCCUGCCAGGCCCGUGGCACGCCGGGCAUAGGCCCACACCGCAAUGAGAAGGGCGGACAGCGCGAUCGGGCCAUGUCCACCUUGCCUGACUUGCACCCUUCAGGCUUCAGCAACAGAGAGAGCCACGGCCUACAGGUCACAGGUCACAGGGCAAGGGAACCGCCGCGGACGAGGACGAUGGCGAGGCACAGUAUGCCAUGGCCCAUGGCCCAUGGCCCACGGGGGUGUGGACGACAAACACCGCCGGGCGGGCCUGGAAUCGCCGCGCCCCCCUGGUCCCAGAGUCGGUGUCGCACCCUCUCCCAAGUACCUUUCUUCCUCUCCCUGGUGCUUGUCCCCAAAUUCCACGGAGUGCCAAAAACCAACCGGCGGCUACAGGACCACGCCAGCUUGUCCGUCCCUGACCAUGAUCAUCGCGCCGCCAACUUCCAACGGAAGAUUGACCCCAUCCCGAAUUUGCUUUUCGCAGACGCGGCGUGACGGCGCGGCAGGGCGCUUUCGUUGGACGCUGCGCUCGUGCAUUUGGACACUUCUUUGACGGCACGGCCUCUACCGAUCGAGAUGAGGAGGGGCCGGAGAUGCAGCAGCAAAACUGUAAUUUGCUCGAUGGGCUUUGACUGUGCCGACGCUAUACGCUCUGCUACGCGGAGCCGAUGCGC